GCCAGAAGGGGGCGUGUUGUCAGUUUUUAGCUCUUUUGCUAACGGAAGGCUAAAGUUUCACUUUCUGCCGCUGAGGAGGUUCCUGUGCUGGACACCCAGGACUUCCCGGGAAACGAAACCAGAAGUAGUUCUAGUUUUACCAGAGGGCCUCCGGGUCGCAAAUGUGUCUUUGCGACUACAUUCAGCGGUGAUAUAACCAGUUUGUGUUCAAGUUUCUCCCCUUUGACCGCCUCCUAACCGUCGCUUUACGCAGCUAGCUUUAGCGGCUAGCCCCCCGCUAGCAUGGACAGCGGCGGAAACAUGCAGAGUAAUGAGGAGCGAAACGCGGAGAAACAGAUGGAUAACUACUUGAAAKCGAWAGGUUUUCAUCGGAAGAAGAUUGCCAAAGACGGAUCGUGUCUGUUCCGAGCCGUGGCCGAGCAGGUGCUGCACUGCCAGAGCCUCCACACUGAGGUCCGGGCCAAAUGCGUAGAGUUCCUGAAGCAGAACCGGGACAGCUAUGAGGCGUUCGUCGAGGGAAACUUUGAGGAAUACCUGAGCAAGCUGCAGGACCCGCAGCAAUGGGUGGGAGAAGUGGAGAUCAACGCUCUGGCUGUCAUGUAUAAGAGAGACUUCCUGAUCUUCCAGGAACCCGGAAAACCGGCGGUGAACAUCACAGACAACAACUUCAAGGACGAAGUGCGGUUGUGCUUCCUGAAUGGAAACCACUACGACAGCGUUUACCCCAUCACCCACAUGAAGAGCGCUGCGCUCUGCCAGUCCAUCUUGUACGAGCUGCUGUACGAAGGCGUCUUCAAGGUGGACCGCGGCUCCCUGGGCCCGUGCCAGAGGACGAGCCGGGCCUCGGACCUGCUGAGCGACGACUGCAUGGCCGUCUGCGGCAGCAGCGACGAGUCCGACCAGGAGACCCACGAGCCGCUUUGGGUGGAGAACGGAACCGGCCCGGUUUCCUCCAGACCCGGCAGCUACCGGGGCCGGGGCCGCGGCCGGAGCCUGCCGGAGCGGGUGAGGCGCUCCCUGAACCCGACUCUGCUCCGAAACGUCGACUACGACAUCUGGCACAAGACCAAGAGAGCCCAGCAGAAGAUGGAUUACUCCAUCGCUGCGGGGAUGCAGUUCUCCGUGGGGGAUCGCUGUCAGGUUCGCCUGGACAACGGAAGGACCUACAAGGCCACCAUCAAAGACGUUCCGCCCGACAACAGCCAUGUGGCGGUGCAGGUGGAGGACCUGGGGAAGAAGCUGGUGCCGCUGUGGAGCAUCCGGCCGCUGAACGACGAGAACAGCUGGACCACCGUCACCAACCGGGACAAGAGGCUGAGCAACGGACACGGAGAGUGGGAGGGACGGGGGAGAGGAAGAGGACGAGGGAAGCCCAUCCCACCACCAUCCUCCUCCUCCUCCGUUUCCCAGGCAACGGCAGUGGGCUCCAGCGGGCGCAUGCAGAAGCAACACUCGUGGCCCCCGCAGGCCACCGUAGAGGAGCAGGGGAGGCCCAGCAGGAAGUCGCUGGGCGCAGCAGAGCCGCCCGCCAGGCUGACGGAGCGGGAGCGUCUGGCCCGGGAGGAGGAGGAGGAGAUCAACAUGGCGCUGCUGGAGAUCCAGCUGAGAGACGAGAACAGCUUCCCCGCCCUCGGCAGUCAGACGGCGACUCAGGCUGAAUCAGGCAGGAAGAAAACUGGAGAGAACAAGAAGCGAAAUCAGAGAAACAAGACGAAGAGUCCAGUUGAAGACACCAGAGCGCUGUCGCCCUCUGCAGGCGACAGACCGAACUCCUCCACUCCGCCCCCAGCUGCUCUCUCCAUCUCCUCUCUUCCUGCUGCCAACGUCGACCCGGCUGGGCGGAGCUCUCUGAAUGUAAACAUGGCCGCCGCCUCCGUUCUCCCGCCCACCUGUGCUGCUCCAGAGACUAAACCAAACGCCCAGUCCUACGCCUCCGCCGCGGCCGUGCCGGUUUCCCCUCCGCCGGGCAUCAAGCCCCCGGCGCCGUCCUCCUCCAGCCUCUUCUCCUUCAUCACCCCGGUCCUCCCUGCUGCCUCUCCAGCCCCUCAUCAUCCUCCAUCUUCCUCAUUUGCUGCAUCUUCUCCGCCGUUUUCGCCGGCUGCCGCUCCGACCUUCAUCGCCCCCAUCGCUCCGAGUCCGACGGCGGCUCAGGGCUUCACCCGCCCCUUCUCCCCGCUCACCGUGCUGCCUCGCUCGCCCACUCCUCCCUCUCCCUCCUCCACCUUGAUCCCACCUGCUGCUCAACCCAAAGAAGCUCCACCAGCCCACACCGAUGUUUUGCCAAAAACUGAGACGAGUCUUCCGGUGUCUCAGCCUCCCCAGAGGGAGAUGUCCGUCCCUCAGACUCUUCCUCAGGUUGUUCCAAACCCGAUUAAAGCUUUUGUGCCUCAGGCAGAAGGAACAACCCAACACUCCUCACAGGAAAUCCAGACCCAAAGUCAAGAGCCACAAAACCAGAUCAAGCCUGAGGCCGAGGUCUCCUCCCCCCAGAAACAACUGCAGCCCCAAACUGAGGUGUCUCCAGAACCUCAAACACUCCAGCCGCAGUCUGACGGCAGCCCGGUUCACUCCCCUCUGUCCUCUGAGCUGUCCCUCAGCAUUCAGAGUUCAGAGGACACAGAGCCUCCAAAGUCUGAUUCUCCUCCUCCUGCUGCCUCCCAGCAGUCACAGCCUGCCGCCCUGCCCCCGUUACAGCCUCACUUCCCUCACUCCAUCCACGGCGGCGUCCCCCUGCAGCAGCUGUCCCAGCUCUACCAGGACCCCCUGUUCCCCGGCUUCCCCCAGGGAGAGAAAGGAGAGGUCGCACAUAUCCCGCCGUUCUCCACCAGCAAGUCUGGAGACGACCUGCCGAAAGGUGAAGCACUAAUUUACAGAAGCACACGACUCCAUGAAUGUGGCAUUUUAGUCUGUACUUGACAAGAGACCAUGAUG